AUGUCUCAUUCAUCUUCAAUCUCAGAAAGCUUAGAUAAUCAAUUUAGCAAGUGUCACCAAAAGGACUAUGAUUGUACCCAACCCAUAGAUAAUUGCAAGAGUCUGCCUGAGCAUCUCGAGCAUACAGAUUGGGUUCAAACAGACAGUGAACAUGAUGAAUUUUUCUUCAGAGAUGUUCACAGAAUUUUGAAUGAAGCCAUGAUUCUGUUUCUAGACUAUGACCUCUACCAUGUUUCAUACUUACUCUCUGUCAAAAAUCAAUCAGUAGACCUCAAAACCAGUCUUCAAACAGCAAUUGUUGGUCUUCAACCUCUGAAUGCUACACCAACUGUAUCCAAUCGUCGAAGACUUCUUGAAAUGGCCAAAUGUUUACUAGGUGUAAUUGACAACUAUGAAAAGCAACAAAAUCAAAAUAACUUAUCACUUGAAGUCAAAGUACCUUUUUGCCUUAGAUACCCUACCUUGGAAUCAUUAGAGAAACUUGAUGAGGAUAAUGAAAAGAAGAUGAACAUUAUGAAGUAUGAAAAGGCCAAAAGGACCAUUGGUAUCUUCAUUCCACCAAGAUCUAAGUUAGCUUGCUUCAGAGCCGCCUUGAUAGUUGGAACAAGAGUGGAUAACCCACAAAUAGAAUUAAGUACUACUACAGUUGAUCAACAUCCCAAGUUACCUAUACACCCUUCCAACAUCCCUCAUCAAGCAAGAUUCAAAACAAACUCAAACAACAAGAAGACUGUAGCAAAAAGGAAAAAAGGACCUUGGUCCAAACUUCAUCAAAACUGA